GCUUUCGGCCUCAGUCAGGCGCUCGGCUCCGUUUCGGUUUCACUUCCGGUGAGGGGCCGCCUCCGAGCGGGCGGUGAGCCGACGGCGAGCGCGGGUGGCGGCGGUGACGGCGGCGCCGCUGCCGGGGGGCGUGCGGGAGCGCGGCGGCGGCGGCGGCGGCUGGGCCUCUUGCGCCCGCAGCCCACCUCUCGGGGGCGGGCUCCCGGCGCGAGCAGGGCUUUCGAGAAGAUGGAGGAGCUGGUGGUGGAAGUGCGGGGCUCCAAUGGCGCUUUCUACAAGGCUUUUGUAAAGGAUGUUCAUGAGGAUUCAAUAACAGUUGCAUUUGAAAACAACUGGCAGCCAGAGAGGCAGAUUCCAUUCCAUGAUGUGAGAUUCCCACCACCCGUAGGUUAUAAUAAAGAUAUAAAUGAAAGUGACGAAGUUGAGGUUUAUUCCAGAGCAAAUGAAAAAGAGCCUUGCUGUUGGUGGUUAGCUAAAGUGAGGAUGAUAAAGGGUGAGUUUUAUGUAAUAGAAUAUGCAGCAUGUGAUGCUACAUACAAUGAAAUUGUCACAAUCGAACGUCUGCGAUCAGUUAAUCCCAACAAACCUGCCACAAAAGAUACUUUUCAUAAAAUCAAACUGGACGUGCCAGAAGACUUACGACAAAUGUGUGCCAAAGAAUCGGCACAUAAGGACUUUAAAAAGGCAGUCGGUGCCUUUUCUGUAACUUACGAUCCAGAGAAUUAUCAACUUGUCAUUUUGUCUAUCAAUGAAGUCACCUCAAAACGAGCACACAUGCUAAUUGACAUGCACUUUCGGAGUCUGCGCACUAAGCUGUCUCUGAUACUGAGGAAUGAAGAAGCCAGUAAGCAGCUAGAGAGUUCAAGGCAACUUGCCUCGAGGUUUCAUGAGCAGUUUAUCGUACGAGAAGAUUUGAUGGGUCUGGCUAUUGGUACUCAUGGUGCUAAUAUUCAGCAAGCUAGAAAGGUACCCGGGGUCACUGCUAUCGAUUUAGAUGAAGAUACCUGCACAUUUCACAUUUAUGGAGAGGAUCAGGAUGCAGUGAAAAAGGCUAGAAGCUUUCUGGAAUUUGCUGAAGAUGUAAUACAGGUUCCAAGGAACUUAGUUGGCAAAGUAAUAGGAAAAAAUGGAAAACUGAUUCAGGAAAUUGUGGACAAGUCAGGAGUCGUGAGGGUGAGAAUUGAGGCUGAAAAUGAGAAAAGUGUUCCCCAAGAAGAGGAAAUUAUGCCACCAAAUUCCCUACCUUCCAGUAACUCAAGGGUUGGACCUACUCCCUCAGAAGAAAAAAAACAUAUAGAUAUAAAGGAAAACAGCACUCAUUUUUCUCAACCUAACAGUACAAAAGUCCAGAGGGUGUUAGUGGUUUCAUCAAUUGUAGCAGGGGAAUCCCAGAAACCUGAACUCAAGGCUUGGCAGGGUAUGGUACCAUUUGUUUUUGUGGGAACAAAGGACAGCAUUGCUAAUGCCACUGUUCUUCUGGAUUAUCACCUGAACUAUUUAAAGGAAGUAGACCAGUUGCGUUUGGAGAGAUUACAAAUUGAUGAGCAGUUGCGACAGAUUGGAGCUAGUUCUAGACCACCACCAAAUCGUACAGAUAAGGAAAAAGGCUAUGUGACUGAUGAUGGUCAAGGAAUGGGUCGAGGUAGUAGACCUUACAGAAAUAGGGGGCACGGCAGACGCGGUCCUGGAUAUACUUCAGGAACUAAUUCUGAAGCAUCAAAUGCUUCUGAAACAGAAUCUGACCACAGAGAUGAACUCAGUGAUUGGUCAUUAGCUCCAACAGAGGAAGAGAGGGAGAACUUUCUGCGCAGAGGAGACGGUCGACGGCGUGGUGGUGGAGGAAGAGGACAGGGAGGAAGAGGACGCGGAGGUGGCUUCAAAGGAAACGACGAUCACUCCCGAACCGAUAAUCGCCCGCGUAAUCCAAGAGAGGCUAAAGGAAGAACAGGAGAUGGAUCCCUCCAGGAAGGGCCACAUCCCGAGAAAAGCAAAGCAUCUGCAUGAAGUACGUCAACUGAGCCCGUGAGACAUCAGUCAAAUCCGUGAUGACCUACCAGAUCUAUGUCCAGACCCACCACAGCAACAAAACCACCAUGAAGGGCUUUCAUUUGCCUUACAAAGAAGCUACUGACACUCCCAGAGCCUGCACACCCUGGCAGCUUCGUAAGCAUUUAAUUCAGGGUGAACUCGGUCAUACUGCAGAAGACAGGACUGACUCGUGCUGGAAGAUACAUCCCAUAGGCCUCCUGCCCUUACAUCGUUUGAACAUGCUCUCUAGGUAUAAGGUUGCAUUUCACAUCCUCCAGUCAGAUAGCCCUCAUGGAUUUAAGGCUGUGACAGACUACCUUUGCCACAUGCCAGAGAAGGUCAAGAGAGACUUCAGACCAUGAUGCAGAUCUGACAUUUAAGAUAGAAGAGGAAGGAAGGAGGGUAGGAAGGAGGGUUGGGUAGGAAGGAUCUUAGACUGUAAUACAGUUCCAAACAAGCUUCAACCAGGCUGAUGGGAAGUUCUUGAGCCAAAGUCACCUGUUCCGGGGAUUCUUCCACUCGUAGGAAUGGAUCUGCAUUAGUACCUCCACUGUGCUCGAUUAUUGGCUGGAAAUUGUCUACAGGAAACAUGACCUUGGCACAAACAGCAGUGGCUCCAGAAGGGUAGCAACUGGGGCUGUCAGGCAAUUAAGCUCGCCACAACAGAUUGAAGUGGCAUACUUGUGGUGGCACCACACUACAUAAUAAUAACCGCCCCCCUUUUUUUAGACCUGCAUUGACCGUAGUGAGUAGCUGGAAAGUUUUUACUGAAGAGAUCCUGGAAAUGUCGAUGAACACAAAUUUGAAAUGGGAUCCGGUAUCCUCUCCCACUGGGGAGACAGCUUUGACACUGGGUUUGUCACAUACCUCUUCAAGCUCAGGACACUCCUGUGGUUCUUAUCCUCAUGCAAUAAGUCCCCUUUGCACUGUAGCCAUCUUCCUUGAUUUCAAGAGAUCGCCUUUGGUAAGGGAAUCGUUAGCCCUGGGUCUGUCUGGAGCUUUUCACUCCAGGAUGUAAAAUAAGGCCUGGUUCUUUCCUGAGGGGAGUUCAUGGACCCCAACUGGUUGGGCGUGGACAGGCCCAACCCUGGGAAGCAAGUAGAAGAUCGAGGGGCAAAGGACUUCUCUUUUCCUAGUCCAGAUAUGGACAGACUACACCUGUCUGCGGCAGUGAUCACAGCGCCAGCUAUCACAACCCUAGAUAUGUCACCCCCAAUUUGAUUUGGCUAUGAGGGAUCUUACCAGCCCCUCACUAUCAAGCAAGGCCUCUGCUAUUACUUCUACCGGGCAAGGGGACUCAGCCACUCUUUGCCUCAGCUUUCUAUACACAUGUGUCCAUGGCCUGUGAUGUCCGUGCUAAAUGGGUACAGAGAUUCACCUUGGACCCAACUCAAAGCAGCAUUUGUGUUCUUCUCACCCACUGUCGGGACUACUUUUUCUGUGUAGUAAGCCUCCCUUUCUCUCCCCUGCCUCCUGUUUGGAUCCAGGGUUACCUGCUUCCUAAGAAUAGCCAUGCAACCCUUCAGUAAUCAAAGAUCCACUGGGCACAGGCUAUAUAUGCCCAGCUUCUGGUGCCAUUUAGCAGGAUCUACCUGGGGGCUUUGGGGGCACAGUUUAUCACCACCUUACAUGGGUUGUCCUCCCACCAAGAGGUGUUUCUAAGGCUCACCUGAGGAGAUUACCAAUGCGUUAGCUGGGGUUUCGCUCCUAAAGAUAUUCUUGAUUCCCUACCUCUGCUUGUGUUGGAUACCUGCAUAACUUUGUGUUAUUUACUGACUAGGCAGUGUGCACUGUGGCCGCCAGCCCCUGCUGUUUCUGGCUGAAUACCUCACUGCAAGUGAAGCUGUCCAACAUUAACUAUAGGAGCGAGCCACAGGGCUCUAAACCACCGCCUCCCAUCUAAGGCCUCCAGUUCUCAUGCUGAACUUUGUAUUAUUAUUUAGGACCCUCUUCAUUUUACAACGUCUUCUUUGCCACUGUCACCAACUCCAGAAACCCCAUUGACAAAUCCAAUUCGUUUCUGGGCCCAAUGGGAAGGCAGGUUUCACUGUGGGAUAAUGACAGAACAUGAGAUCGCGUGCUCAUCUUGCUAACACUUAGGCUCGUAAGUUAUCCCAAUCAAACCUAUUCUUGUGCCCGUUGUACAUGACUCGUGCUUUCUUUCACUCACCUUCCAAAGAUGGAUUAAAGGGAGCAAGACUAGGGACAGGGAGGCCAGGCUGUUGGAAUAAUGAGCCAAUGCAGUGACAGUGAGAAUGGAGAUGGUAGGAUCCCUAGCAUAGUUGGGAGAUAGGAUCAGUGAGACUUGGUGUUUAUCAUGGGUGGGGAAAGAGAAAGGGAGGAAACCAGGGUUAUGAUUCACACAGUUUGGGCUAAAUAGUUUUCUUUUAGAGGAAUGAGGAUUUAUUCAUUCAACUAAUGUUGUUUAAACAUACGCCAUGAGUCAAGCCGUGUAUUUGAUGCGGGAGAUGCAGAAGAAAAUGACACUGGGAAAAGAAAAAUUAGCAUAAAAUAAUAGAUAAUUACAGGAACAAAUGGAUAUCGUGCCUCCUCAUAUGAUGCACUGAGAAGGGCACAAUUCACUCGGUGGUGUUCCUAUUUACAAAAUUACUAAGCUUCAUCUAAUAAUGUGGAAACAUCAGACAAGCUCAAACUGAUGGACACGUUACAAAAUAAAAGGCUCGUACUUGUCACCAUUAUUGACGUCACAAAGGACAAAGAAAUACUGAGGCACUGUUUCCAAUCAAAGCAUACUAAAAAGACAUGACAGUUAAGCGCAACAUGUGGUCCUGCACUGGAUCUUGAACCGGAAAAUACUGUCAUCUUCUGUUACAAAGGACAUUAUUGGGAAACUGGGCUAUGAAUAGGGUCUGCAGAUUACAUAAUAGGACAAUGCUACUUUCCCAUUUCUUAUCAUUGUACUGUGAUUGUAUAAGAGAGUGUUCUUGUUUUUAGGAAAUACAGGAAGUAUUUAGAAGCAAAGGGGUAACGUAUGAACUGAAAGAAGUUUCAAGCAGCAGCACAGCGGCUAAGCACGCUUGGACUCUGAGGUUAGACUGCGGGAGUUCUAAUUCCAGCACCAUUGUUUACUACCCAUGAGGCUUUGGGCAAGUUACUGAACAUUCCUAGACAUGGCGUGAGAGUGGAAGGAGCACAUGUAAAGCACUCAGACCUGUGUCUGGCACGUAUGCAUAAUCAAUGCUGGCUGCAUUUAAGCUAUUUUGCCUCUGUCCUGUAACUACACAGAGAAAUGGGGCCUGGCUCCCUAGUUCAAGGAGCCACGGUCUAGUGGAAGAAACAAGAAGGUUAACAGAUAAAAACAAAUGCAUGCAGUGCGUGCUCUGCUAGGGAUUUGAGCGGAGGGUAACUGAGGCUGGGCAACGAAUUCUGCAGGAGGAAGUCAGGAGAAGUUUCACAGGGGGGCUUGUGGUUUGAAACGGAUCACAAGGGGCAAACAAAGAGUUUGGCAAGGAUGCGCUUUUCCCACUUUUGUCAGGCCAAGGGCCUCAUCGGUGCAAAAGCAGAGAGUUGUGGAAAGGGCAUUAUGUACUAGGGUGUAGUGUGGGUGAUGCGGAAGGGCCAGCACUGACUGCCAGUCAGUUGACACAGGUUCAGAUCCCAGCUUCAAUAGCACCUGCAGCCUCGCACAAAUCACACAAUCUCUCCGAGCCUCAGUUUCCCCGAAAUAGGGAGAUAUUAACAUUCACCUUGGGCCUGUUAGGAGGAUUAAUGUCAUGUGCUUAGCACAGUACCCCGUACAUAAAGGAUAGCUGUUAGUAUUAAUGCUAGUGUUAGGCAUUUCUAGGGUUCACCACCUUUCCUGAUUCCUCCUUCCCUCCGGGCACAGGCCUCCUCUGAGUGAAGGCCGGCCCUGUUACUUCCUUUGGCCGCUGAGGUGAAAGCAGAAAGAUACGUGUCCUUUCUGGGCUGAAGCGUUGAAGAGCCAGGAUGCUGUGAUUCUCCACGCUCUGUUCCCCUGACACACUGUUACCCGUGUUGGGCACGUAACGUGAG